AUGCCUCCUAGACGCCGAAACCGCAGGGAGACUACUCCCGCUUCAGGAGAUGGGAAUGCUCCUGAAGGACUAGCGAACGCCUUGGGGCAUAUUUUCCAGCAGCUGACUGCAGCGCUUCCUGGUUCCAGAACCGAUUUUACCAUGGAGCGAGCGAGGAAGCAUGGAGCGUAUAGUUUCUCCCAUGCUCCUGAUGCUAUGGAUGCUCAGAAUUGGCUGAACAAGAUGGAGAGGGUUUUUACUCAGAUUAAUUGUCCGGAGGACCGGAAAGUGGGUUUAGCAGUGGAUUUUCUUGAUGGUGUGGCUUUUGAUUGGUGGAAUAUGACUAGCAGGGAUUUAGAGAAUGAUGGCCCAAUCACUUGGGAACAGUUCAAGGAACAUUUUACUGAGCGGUAUUAUGGUACAGCUAUCCGUGACAGGAUGAAGUAUGAGUUCUUACAUUUUGAGAAAGGGGACAAGACUGUGACGGAGUUUGAGCAGCGGUUCACCCAGCUAGCCCAGUUUGUGCCUGAUUUGGUUGGCACUGAGAGAGAGCGGAUCUACAGGUUUGUUGAUGGAUUGGGGGGUGAUUAUCGUCUGCAGUUGACAGGAGUGCCAUUCAAUACUUACUCUGAGGCAGUUAAUGCUGCUCUGCGACUUGAGACCAUGUAUUUGUCCGGUGUUCGACCUCGAGAUGCGGGUGGCCCUAGCCAGGGUCCAUCCAAGAGAGCUGCUUCCACUUCUGGUUCAGGAUCUUCUGGAGGUAGUAGACUUGUCAGUUCAGACUCGACCACCUUACCGGAUUUUGGAGGACUUAAUAUGGGGGGUGGACAGUCUGAGUGGCAGUUCAGUGACGACACUAGUCAGUACGGUGGUACCUCAGAGGGAUUCCAUACUUGGAGGGAUCGUCCCCAGCGUUGGACGAGGGAUGUGACGUGCUAUCAGUGUGGACAGCAGGGUCAUUAUAGGAGGGAUUGUCCUACAUUGACUCAUGGCGUUACUCCAGACGUCGGUCAAGGUUCUAGUCACGCAUCAGGAGGUUCAUCUAGCGGCACUCUCACUAGUUCUGUCAGGGGCGGCACUCAACGAGGUAGUGGCCGCCGUGGACGUCCAGCAACUCAGACGAGACUUCAUGCCAUGUUUCAGCAGGUUGCUUUGGAUAUCUAG